AUGCAGGGGACUUACAUAGCAAGAGAAGCACGAAUGCAACAAUACCUGGAAAAGGUACGGGAAUUGGUCAGACAAUUUCAAUCAUGGAAGGCUGUCCAAAUACCCAGGGAGGAGAAUGCAGAGGCGGAUGCGUUAGCCAAUCUCGCGUCUGUUAUGGAGAUAACAAAGGUAGAGAAUGCUAUUGUAAUACAUUUGUUUCAUUCGGCACUUGACCAAGACAAGGACGAGUAUGGAAUCUUACCCGAAGACAAGAAGAAGUCACAGAUACUUCACCAAAAAGCCACUCGGUAUUGUUUAAUUCGUGGAAACUUAUACCGAAAGAUGUUCGGUGGACCUUUAGAAUGGUGCGUUGGUCCCUCACAAACAGAAUAUGUGAUGAGGGAAGUACGUGAGGGGAACUACGGCAAUCAUACUGGGGGAAGAUCAUUGGUGAAGACUUUAAUAAGUGCGGGAAACUAUUGGCCAAAAAUAGAGGAGAAAGCAGAAAACUUUUUAGCCAAGUGCGAUAAAUGUCAACGAUAUGCCAAUAACAUGCAUCGCCCAGCAGAAUUGUUACAUUCAGUUAUCUCACCAUGGCUUUUCAUGAAGUGGGGCAUGGAUAUCGUAGGUCUGUUACCUCAAGCUAAAGGAAAGGAAAUCGUGUGUGACAAUGGCCCACAAUUCGUAGGCACUAAAAUCACAGAGUUCUUUCAAAGUUGGCAGAUUAAAUGGAUUACAUCUGCGCCUUACCAUCUCGUAGACAAUGCAAAAACAAGUACAGGUGAGACUCCAUUUUCACUCGUCUAUGGCACUGAAACUCUAAUUCCAGUAGAAAUAGGUGAACCAAGUACGAGAUACACACAUGCUACUGAGGAAUCAAAUGAAGAAGAAAUGCCAACGAAUCUAGAUUUGUUAGUAGAAAGGAGAGAAGCAGUGCUAAUAAGGAUGGCGGCUCAAAAACAGAUGAUUGGGCAAUAUUACAACAGGAAAGCAAAUCUAAGGUACUUCAAGAUUGGGGUCUUCGUCCUCAAAAAGGUGUUUCGAUCAACGAAAACGGCUAAUGCGGGAAAGUUAAGUCCAAAUUGGGAAGGACCUUAUAUGGUUCGAGGCAUCGCUGGAAAGGGAGCAUAUGAGUUGGAGACCAUGGAUGGCAGCAUACUACCAUCGAAUUGUAACGUUGUUCAUUUGAAGAAGUAUUAUUUUUAG